GCUGGGAGCUAGCUGUUGCGGCCAUUUCGCACUCUUCCUGGCGGUGCUGGUGCUGGCACUGGGCAUGUCCGAGAGCUACGUGAAGCGCCAGAUUGUGGCGCUGGCUGUUCUUCUGUCGGGCUGUGGUCUUGGCUACAUCUGGAGCGCUCCAGGUCUCUUCCACUCGUCUCUUUGUUUUCUGCUCCUGUGGUUCUUGACAAAGUGCAUCGAAGGCUCGUGGAGCAACCAUUUCGUGGCCAUGCUAGCCAC